UGCCCUUUAUCGCUCCGUCUUUCUUUCAGUUUAAUAUUCAACUUCUCUCUCAAGAUCCCAAGGAACGGUAGCUGCAGAUCGCUGACAACGACCCCGCAUUAAUCAACGAACCAAACGAGUUCAUAUUUAAAUCAGAACUUCGUCUGUAUUCAUCGUUGGAGACAAAAUUCCUUCUUCCUGACUCUUGGGGUUCAAAGUUCAGACGCCAUGAGCAUCAUGAGCUGGUGCAGAAGCAAAGAAGCUUGGUUGCGCGUUGUGUACGCAUUAUUUAUGGGUCAGGUGGUUUCUUUUUUCCUCUCGCUCAUGAGCUUCACUGCCUCGCUGGUUGCCGAUCUCGGUGCGGAUACGCCACUCAGUCUAUCCUUUCUCUCUUAUCUGGCUCUGGCUUUGGUGUACGGUAGCAUCUUGGUGUACAGACGUCAGAAACUGCGGAUCCCUUGGUAUUAUUAUCUACUUCUCGGAUUUGUUGAUGUCCAAGGCAAUUAUCUGGCUAAUAAGGCAUACGAGUACUCAUCGAUUACUAGUGUGACAUUAUUGGAUUGUUGGACAGUAGCAUGGGUCAUUGUCCUUACUUGGUUCUUUCUGGGCACGCGAUAUUCCCUCUGGCAGUUAUUCGGUGCAGCUGUCUGUGUGCUGGGGCUUGGUUUAGUGCUUCUUUCUGAUGCUGGAGUCAGUGGCGGAGGUGGUUCAAAACCUCUUCUAGGUGAUGCACUUAUCAUUGCAGCGACAGUUUUUUUCGCGAUGAGCAAUGUUGGCGAGGAAUUUUGUGUAAAGAAAAAAGAUCGCGUUGAAGUAGUGUCGAUGCUUGGUGCUUUUGGAACACUUGUUACUGUGUGUGAGAUAGCUAUUGUCGAGAGGAAGAGUCUGGAAUCGGUGAAGUGGUCCACAGAAAUUAUAUUAGCCUUUGCGGGCUAUGCGCUGGCAAGCUUUAUGUUCUAUACUCUUGUUCCUUAUGUUUUGAAGAUGAGUGGAGCCACGAUGUUUAAUCUCUCUAUUCUCACGUCUGACAUGUGGGCAGUUAUCAUUCGCAUCUUUUUCUAUCACCAGCAGGUUGACUGGUUGUACUAUCUGUCAUUUGCAAUUGUAGUUGUUGGACUCGUCACAUAUUCAAGGACCGAGAAGGAUUCCGAUCCUGUACCGGCGGUCGAGGAAGAAAAUCUAAGGGGUCAAUACCAUGUCCUCAGUGAAGAAACCGCAGAAUCCAGAAACGAAACUGCAGCGUCAUGACAUGCAGAGUAUCCUGUUACCGCAGGAUCUUUCAUCCUUCACAUGCUGAGGACAGGGCAAGCAUUAAAUCUUCAGUUUAUCACUGAGUUUCAAAUUUUGCUCAGCCUUGAGUUUGCAGAACAGCCCAAAUCUUCUCUCAAGGAUCAAACUCAAUUCUACCUGCAGAAGUGUUUACAUUUCUGCUCCAUCGAUGUGUUUCAACUGCUGUCAUGUAAUUAGCCAAGCGAUUACGCUUAGACCAUCCGGUAAUAGAUUAUCGGACAAUAAUACACCGAGGCUGUGAAUGCUCUCUCUCUCAA